UGACCAUGGAGGAACAGAGCCGUAAUCAGCAAGCUUUACAGACCGGCAAGGGGAAAGACAAGGAAGCCGGUGGCGAACAGCGGGACGCGGCGAAGGAUAAAAAGGAGGACCAGGAACUGUCUGAAGAGGACAAGCAACUGCAAGAUGAGCUGGAAAUGCUUGUGGAGCGACUCGGGGAAAAAGACAGCUCACUUUAUAGGCCAGCCCUGGAGGAAUUACGAAGGCAAAUCCGCUCCUCCACUACCUCCAUGACAUCUGUUCCCAAGCCCCUUAAGUUUCUGCGGCCACAUUAUGGAAAACUAAAAGAGAUCUAUGAGAAUAUGGCACCUGGGGAGAACAAGCAAUUUGCUGCAGAUAUAAUUUCUGUCCUUGCCAUGACUAUGAGCAGUGAGCGCGAAUGUCUGAAGUACAGAUUACUGGGAUCACAAGAGGAACUGGCAUCAUGGGGACAUGAGUAUGUCAGGCAUUUGGCUGGUGAGGUUGCAAAGGAAUGGCAGGAAGUGGAAGAAGGAGAUAAGUCUCAAAAAGAUACAUUGCUAACCCUGGUGAAGGAAAUUGUCCCCUAUAACAUGGCACACAAUGCAGAACAUGAGGCAUGUGACCUGCUGAUGGAGAUUGAGCAGAUGGACAUGCUGGAGAAAUACAUUGAUGAUAAUGCAUAUGCUAAAGUUUGUCUAUAUUUGACAAGCUGCGUGAGUUAUGUCCCUGAACCAGAAAACUCUGCUCUUCUGCGCUGUGCACUGUCUAUCUUUCGCAAGUUCAACCGUUAUCCAGAGGCACUCCGUCUUGCUCUUGUUCUCAAUGAUAUGGAACUUGUAGAGGAUAUAUUUACCUCAUGCAAAGAUGUGGUGGUACAGAAACAGAUGUCCUUUAUGUUAGGCCGCCACGGAGUGUAUCUGGCUCUUAAUGAAGAUGUGGAGGAAUAUGAAGAUUUAACUGAAAUAAUGUCCAAUGUGCAACUCAAUAGCAACUUUCUGGCUUUGGCGCGAGAGCUUGAUAUUAUGGAGCCCAAAGUGCCGGAUGAUAUCUACAAAACACACCUGGAAAAUAACAGAUUUGGGGGCAGCGGGUCACAAGUUGAUUCAGCUCGCAUGAAUCUAGCUUCUUCUUUUGUGAAUGGCUUUGUGAAUGCAGCCUUUGGGCAAGACAAGCUUCUAACAGAUGAUGGAAACAAGUGGUUGUAUAAAAACAAGGAUCAUGGGAUGCUUAGUGCUGCAGCCUCUCUGGGAAUGAUUCUUUUAUGGGAUGUGGAUGGUGGUCUGACUCAGAUUGACAAAUACCUGUAUUCUUCUGAGGAUUACAUCAAGUCUGGAGCACUCUUGGCCUGUGGAAUUGUGAACUCUGGUGUAAGAAAUGAGUGUGAUCCUGCUCUUGCACUUCUGUCUGACUAUGUCCUGCACAAUAGCAACACUAUGAGGAUAGGAGCAAUAUUUGGGUUGGGUCUUGCAUAUGCUGGUUCAAAUCGUGAGGAUGUUUUGACCCUCUUGCUUCCUGUGAUGGGGGAUUCAAAGUCUAGUAUGGAGGUUGUUGGAGUGACAGCCCUUGCCUGUGGGAUGAUAGCUGUUGGAUCUUGCAAUGGGGAUGUUACAUCCACAAUUCUACAAACAAUCAUGGAGAAAUCUGAGCAGGAGCUAAAAGAUACAUUUGCUCGCUGGCUGCCUCUGGGCCUAGGACUGAAUCACUUAGGAAAGGGUGAAGCAAUUGAAGCAAUUCUUGCAGCACUGGAGGUGGUGCCUGAGCCAUUCAGAAGCUUUGCCAACACACUGGUUGAUAUCUGUGCCUAUGCCGGAUCUGGGAAUGUCUUAAAAGUGCAGCAACUUCUCCAUAUCUGCAGUGAACACUACGACUCGAAAGAGAAAGACGAGGAAAAGAAAGAUAAGAAGGACAAGAAGGAAAGUGCUGCUGACAUGGGGUCACACCAGGGUGUAGCUGUCCUUGGCAUUGCCCUCAUUGCCAUGGGUGAGGAGAUUGGUUCAGAGAUGGCUCUGCGCACUUUUGGACACUUGCUCAGGUAUGGAGAGCCCACAUUAAGGCGUGCAGUACCUUUGGCUCUUGCUCUUAUCUCUGUUUCAAAUCCAAGGCUCAACAUCUUGGACACACUCAGCAAGUUUUCUCAUGAUGCUGAUCCUGAAGUUUCCUACAAUUCUAUUUUUGCUAUGGGAAUGGUGGGCAGUGGCACUAAUAAUGCUCGUCUGGCUGCCAUGCUCAGGCAACUGGCACAAUAUCAUGCCAAGGACCCUAAUAAUUUGUUCAUGGUGAGGUUAGCACAGGGACUUACACAUCUGGGAAAAGGAACACUCACACUUUGUCCAUAUCACAGUGAUCGACAGCUAAUGAGCCAGGUGGCAGUGGCUGGACUGUUGACUGUUCUUGUAUCUUUCUUGGAUGUCAGAAAUAUUGUUUUGGGAAAAUCACAUUAUGUACUCUAUGGCUUAGUUGCUGCAAUGCAGCCACGCAUGUUGGUCACAUUUGAUGAGGAGCUGAGGCCUUUGCCUGUUUCUGUGCGGGUGGGACAGGCAGUGGAUGUUGUGGGUCAAGCAGGAAAGCCCAAGACCAUCACUGGGUUCCAGACGCACACAACCCCUGUAUUACUUGCCCAUGGUGAGCGGGCGGAGCUGGCCACUGAAGAGUAUCUGCCAGUAACACCCAUACUGGAAGGUUUUGUUAUCCUUCGCAAGAAUCCAAACUAUGAUGUUUAGUGUUGAUAUUUUGGGGGAGAAGGUCUGCAUCAUGUGGGGUUUGUGACUCAAACUGUGUUUUCCUUUUUGUUACUGUAUAUCUUAUUAAAUAAUUUCACAGCCAUGCUCGAAGUAUGGAUUAAGAACAA